GCACUUGCUCACCGUACCUGCGCCCCCAAACCCCAUCUCCCUUGCUCGCUUCCUCGAGACGACAUCUCCCAGAGCUGCACGACCCGUCACCGACCACCGGCCUUCUCGCCAUACAACCCCGCAUCAUUCAGACUCGGCUUGACGUCGCAGACUGCUGAGCUUCGCGCCUUGAGUCAAUUGCGCACUCCCCAGUCUUCACACGCUCCACAUACUCUGUCCACCAUGGCUUCAAGAAAGAAGGUCCUCCUCAAGGUCAUUAUCCUCGGAGACAGCGGGGUCGGCAAAACGAGCUUGAUGAACCAAUAUGUCAACAAGAAGUUCAGCGCAAGCUACAAAGCAACCAUCGGCGCCGAUUUCCUGACCAAGGAAGUGCUCGUUGACGACAGGCUCGUCACCAUGCAGCUUUGGGACACGGCCGGCCAGGAGCGCUUCCAAUCGCUGGGCGUUGCCUUUUACCGUGGCGCCGAUUGCUGCGUGCUCGUGUACGACGUGAACAAUUCCAAGAGUUUCGACACCCUCGAUAGCUGGAGAGACGAGUUUCUUGUCCAGGCCAGCCCCAUGGACCCAGAGAGUUUCCCAUUCGUCGUCAUUGGCAACAAGAUUGAUGUGGAAGAAAGCAAACGCAUGAUUUCGUCCAAGCGCGCCAUGGCCUUUUGCCAAUCAAAGGGCGGCAUUCCUUACUUCGAGACGAGCGCCAAGGAGGCCAUCAACGUUGAACAAGCUUUUGAAGUCAUUGCACGACAAGCUUUGGCGCAAGAAGACGUCGGCGAUUUCAGCAACGACUUCCCCGAGACGAUCCCGAUUGAUCUCAAGGGAAACGAGGGUGGUUGUGCAUGCUAGUGAACACGUUGACAGAAUGGGCAUGGCCGAUAGCAAGAUUAGUGGAUAUGUUUAUGCCGAAACGCCGCCUUGCAUGUGGAGUUGAUAUGGCGUCUGGUGUUUUGGCAUAAUUUUUUUGCGGCAGAAGCAUUUUCUGCAACGUAUUCUUUUUGACGGAUUUCAUCGUUUGCAAGUCUAUGUAGCUGCAUAUACUCAAUACACAAUACAAACACCUCGGCUAC